AAUGCAGCGAAUUUCUGUGCUUUCAAGUCAUCGUGCUAUCGUCUUCCUGUGAACGGUGCAUUAGCGUUGGAUUUAGAAGGUGGUAAAGAGAUGUGGACUGGCUUCUUCUCAUCGGCACACGUAGCAACUGGCUGGAAGCCCUUACUUAAUAUUGAUGGUAUCUUCUCGAUAGUUAAAGCCUAUANUGCCUGGUUCAUCAACCCAGUAUCGGUUGAUAGUGUAACGCAUACCGUAUUCUAUAAGCCGAAUAUAUCGAUGGUUGAAUUUAUGUGUGAUAUACUGAAUGAACGGUCUGGUCAUAACAGUAAUUAUCGGGGCAGUACCACAUCGUAUAGCAGACAUAUUAAGCAACGACGCGACUACUCAUCAGGUGAUCCAAGUUCCGGAGCACUUUCGGUCUGUAUUCUUAUUUCAUAA